AUGCAAGAGACUCUGGAUAAAAUUCAAAUGCACGGUGAUUACCCUUGUCAGCAAGUUGACCUAAAAAGUAAAUUUGUGUCAGAUAGAAACAUUUCUUCAAAGAAUUUGCUUCAAAAAACAAAGUUAUCUUCUUCACAUGAAAUGGCCAGUACGCAGAAUUUGCCUCAAAGGUCUUAUGAGAGAAAUCCAAACUCUGGAAUAAAUCGUCAUCACCACUGUGAGCAUUCCCAAUGCUUCGGGCAAUCAGACCUAGCGCAUUUCCACGACGAUGUUCGAUGCGAAAAAUCGGUCCAAACUAUAUCCAACCGGUUAUCGCAACAUUAUGACCGUGCUUUCAAUGAGGGAGACCUCAGAAAAGAUAAUGAUGGUGAACAACUUUGGGAACUUCUUCAUAAAGUGAAUGAAGCGUUGGAAACGUAUAAUAAGAUUAAUCGCAGUCACCGGGGAGAGAAGAGAAGCGUCGAACAGGAAUUGAUUUUUCAAAUUCAUGAAAUUCUAAAGAGAGAAGAAGACAGAACCUUGUAUGCACCAAGAGACGUCGAAUUACAGCGGACGGAAAACAGGUUUUCAUCUCGUGGCCGCAUGCACUUUCAGUCAUCAGACCGUUUUUCACGACGUGACGAAGCAACCAUCGAUGAUGGUUUUCACCAAGAUGCCUAUAGCAAUAAGUGCAUGCCACCCCGAGGAAAUCAUGAUAUUAACGUGCACAAGCGUUGUUUUGGAAAUGACGCAGAUGUUUUACGUCGAGGUGAUUCAAACAUGAUCGCGGAAGAUCGGUUUACGGGAGCAUCGCUGGAAUAUUGGGGAAGACAUUCGAUUGAUAGUGUAGAACACACGUUGUCACAUUCCGAAUGGUUCGGAUCCCCGAAAUGGCAACAGAAUCAACAAGACUGGUUCAACAAUGACAUCCAAAAUCCCAAUCGAAUAUUAUAUGAAAACUACGCAUACAUGUAA